GUGCUGAGCCCGACGUACAAGCAGCGAAAUGAGGACUUCAGGAAACUCUUCAAGCAGCUCCCUGACACAGAGAGACUCAUUGUGGACUACUCCUGUGCUCUUCAACGGGACAUCCUACUGCAGGGACGACUCUACCUCUCUGAGAACUGGAUCUGUUUCUAUAGCAACAUCUUCCGCUGGGAAACCCUGCUAACAGUGCGGCUAAAAGACAUCUGCUCGAUGACAAAAGAGAAGACUGCCCGCCUCAUUCCCAAUGCCAUCCAGGUCUCUACGGAUACUGAGAAGCACUUUUUCACCUCAUUUGGAGCCAGGGACAGGACUUACAUGAUGAUGUUCAGACUGUGGCAGAAUGCACUGCUGGACAAGCCUCUGUGUCCAAAAGAACUCUGGCACUUUGUCCAUCAGUGCUAUGGCAACGAGCUCGGCCUGACAAGCGACGAUGAAGACUAUGUCCCUCCUGAUGAUGACUUCAACACCAUGGGGUUCAGUGAAGAGAUUCCCAACGAAGAGAACGAGAUCAACAACGACAACUUGUCAAAGAGCAGCACCGAGGCCAAACCUGAGGGGAGCCCUCCUCUGUUACAUAAGAAGCUUGUCCCAAACUGCACCAUCCCCAGCCCAGGCAACCAUGACACGCCCAUUACAUUUGCCCUUCCAUCAGAGGAGUAUGCAGACUGCCUAGCCGACGGCGAGCUGCUUGCUGUGCCGCUACUGGUGGUAGAGAAGAACAAUGACACCAGCGGGCCUGGUGGUCCUGUCCCUUCCCCCUCUCUGGACUUCAACGACAACGAAGACCUCCCCACUGAGCUCAGUGACUCCUCAGAAACACAUGAUGAGGGUGAGGUGCAGGCCUUUCAUGAAGACCUGAAUGGCAGGCAGCACAUCAACGAGAUCUACAAGGUCAGCGUGGACAAGCUCUAUGACGUCCUCUUCACAGAGUCACAGUUCAUGACUGAAUUCAUGGAGCAGAGACGAUUUUCAGAUAUCGUAUACCACCCGUGGAAGAAGGAGGAGGCGGGGAACCAGACCAGAGAGAUCCUGUACACCAUCUCGCUCUCCAACCCCCUCGCCCCGAAAACAGCCACAGUCACUGAGACACAAACUCUGUACAAAGCAAGUCAGGAGAGCGAGUGUUACAUCAUCGACGCUGAGGUCAUCACACAUGACGUGCCCUACCACGACUACUUCUACACUCUCAACCGCUACAUGCUCACCAGGGUAGCCAAGAACAAGUGUCGGUUACGGGUAUCAACAGAGCUGCGCUACAGGAAACAGCCGUGGGGACUGGUGAAAGGCUUCAUAGAAAAAAACUUCUGGAGCGGGCUAGAAGAGAACUUCCGCGUUUUAGAGUUGGAGUUGUCCAAGCUGGAGGACAUCCUGACAGAGGCCCACCAGUUAUCUCCAAAGGCCAAGGUGGUGAAAAACUCCACGGUGAGGCGGAAGAAGAGGCCGCUGCCCCACAUGCGCAGCCAGCAUCUGGACGAAGCGCUCAGUCCCGUUACCACGCCAACAGAUGAGGAAGUGAUCCAGAGGAUCAAGCACGUAGCAGGCUCCACACAAACCAGACACCAGAGUCCAGAACACCAUCACCUGGCAGGAGGCCUGGCUCUGUACAGCGUGUCCAAACUGCUCCUCAUCAUCAGCUUUGUGAUCUGUCUAAGCCUGGUCCUGCUGGUGUUCCUCAACAUGAUGCUGUUCUACAAGCUGUGGAUGCUGGAGUACUCUGCACAGUCCUUAACAACCUGGCAAGGGUUACGGCUUCAUGAAAGUAAACUGCCUCAGACGCAGAUGGAGUGGUCCCAGCUCCUGGAGGCUCAGCAGCGUUACCAUGACGCAGAGCUGCAGAAGUGGAGGGAGAUUAUCAAGUCGUCAGUAGUGCUCCUCGAUCAGAUGAAAGACUCUUUAUUGAACCUCCAGCGAGGCAUCGGUUUAAGGGACUACAGCUCCGAGGCUGAAGAGAAGAGAAGUCGCUACCACUGACACACCAUCACCAAGGCCAUAUGAGGGCAUGCUGUGCAAUAUAGGACCUGUUUUGUUUGUGAACCAGUAUGCAGGCAGCGGCAAGACAGAGGACGGACAGAGGGGGGAGGUGGGGGGAGGUGGGACCAACAGUGGGCUGGUCCAAAAGACACAGAGUGGGGGAACAGUCGUCUCCAGCGCACAGAGGUGAAAAACCCCCCAGUAGGAGACCAUACUUAGAAAGUGCUCCCCCCUACCACACACAGGAACUGAGGUGUCCCUAACAUCACUGAGGCAUUGUGGGAUGGUGCUCCUUCUCUGCACCUGUGGGGAAAAAAACAUUUCCUUCUACUCUCUUAUUUUCCAAGUGCAUCCUACUGUAAGCCGUGUCGCUCAAGACAGCGGCAGAGAGGAAGAAGGGAAACUACUGCAUGCAUUUAGACGACCUAACUUCCCCUCAGUCAGUGUUAACGUGGUUCAAUUCCAGUUCAUGUGUGUCAAAAAAAGAAGAACAGAAGACGUGCAGAGAUUUUAAGUCAAAGAGAGGGGGCGGUCCUUUCCAGUCUUAAUGGCUUUCUACACUCUCAAGACUGUUCCAAAACCCAUCGUCCCCUAGAGGUCCUCGCUGCAGUGUCCCCUUUUUUGGUAGACCUCAGUGUGAUCAGAGCGCAGUGAUCGUCCCACAAGCAGGGGAGAGAAAACGUGUUGUAGCGAGGGAGAGCUCAGCUUCAGUCCUGGGUGGUCUCUGGUCAGGGCUGGUUCCCUGUUAGACCAUCACGAUGAGAUAUUUAUUAGACAAAUCUAGAUACUGAUGAGACUCAAGCAAAGUUCUUUGAACCUUACACACAAUUCACAUCAUCAGCUGCCCCUGCCACAGUGAUAGCUACGUUACAUUGCAUUAGCCCCUUAUGAAUGAAGUAGAAUGUAUCCGCCUGAACCCAAAGGCUUGACUUUGAUCACAUAACAUUCAUUUCAAGAAAAGGGACGCUGCAGCCCGGCCGAUAGGGUGACCUGUGUUCUUUACAUGUUUUAUUACUGAACUGUGACUAUAUCUCUUGAAAUAUGUUUGAAUUAGAAAUAAUUCUAUGAAUAUAUUUGAAAUAUAUAAGAAUAUUUCAUUAUUUAAUAUAUAUAUUUCAAAAUAUAUAAACAUAACCUAUAUUUAUUGUUAAUUUAUGUACAUACAGAAAUUAUCAGAGCUCUAGACCAGUUAAAGAAUUUCUAACAAAAAGUGUUUUCUUCUAAAAAAAAAAAAAAAUGCAUGCCAGAUAUGUCUGUGACAUGUCCAGUGUGCAAGUAUGAUUCUGCUUUUUGCGCGAUUAUAUUCGCGCAUGUGUGUGUGAAUGAGAGGGUGUAUGUGACUGCGUGCAUGCAUGCGUGUGCGUACAGGUGUGUACUUUAAUAUGUGACAUUUUUACCAUUCCACACGUGUAUGUUUCUUAUGUUUUUUUCUUUUUUUUUCUUUUCUGGCUCUUUGCAGCCAGACUGCCUUUUUAAUGCUAAUGCAUUUGGAUGCCGCCUUGCAUUAGCCCCACCAGGGUACAGUUUACAAACGAAGAGUUUUGUUCCAAAAUGACAUAUCCAACAUCUGAAACAAAGUUACAGCCACUUUAACAUGAUGACUGAUCACUCAAACUAUCAAUGCAGUCCAUUUUUUGACACAUAAGAAGCAGCUUAAACCUAAGGUAGACAAGAGGAAAAAGGACAAACAUGAUAGUCUAAAUAUUAAGAUUGAACAAAAAGGUAAUGAGCUGGAUAUAAAACAUUUUGGAGAUGAACCCUUCAUACCUUUAGUAGCUGAUGUAAUCUUUAUCCCUGUCACUACAGUAGGGGCUAAAUGACUCUUAAAGGAAUAGUUUGACAUUUUCAGAAAUUCACAUGUUUACUUUCUUGACCAAACUUAGAUGAAAAGGUUGAUACCAGUCUAAUGUCUGCGCAGUGUGUAUGAAUCUACCAGCCGGUUUGCUAGCUUAGCACGACUUUUUCCUUGUUUUUUUUAUACAAAGCUAACCAUCUCUUGGCUCCCCAUGCCAGCCGCCGUGCAGCUUACCUUCAUCUAUAUCUAGGCAAUAAAUCGAAUGAGUGAAUUUCACAAACUAUUCCUUUAAAUCCUACGUAACCUAUAUCCUAUUAUAUUCUCCUUUUUCCCCCAUUUCGACUUUCUGUCUUGGAUGCAAUGAAAGCAUGAAAACUAUUUUAAACGCAACUAAAUUGAACCAAAAGAAAGAAGUAGAAAUGUACACCACACAAAGGGUCAUGUUGUUUUAAAUGAAGUAUUAAACAUGUAUGUCUUUAUGUAUUUAAAACUGGGUAAGGUGCAGUAAAGAGCAUCUCGUAAAGUUUCCAUGAAAGCACUUCCUAAAUUUAAAAAAAGGACUUCCUUGUGUUAAAAAAAAAAUAAAAAGAAAGUGAGCACUUUAAAGCCUCCUCAGGGAGGGAAUAUAAGAAAGAAAAGACAUGGCAGCAGUUUAGAUUGAGGGAUGAAUGCAGAGGUGAUGGAAAUGUUAUAAAUUUGUGUUUUUAUUUUAUUAUCAUUUUAUUUGUCAGUCACACUUGUGAUUUCCAGCUUUCAAUCUCAUUAAGAAUCCCUGAGUUUUUCUGUCUUUUCGGGAUUGAGCACUGCUCCAAAAAAAAGUGUUACACAUGCUCAGAUUGAGUGCUUCACUUUAUAUUUAACGUCAUUAUUACAUGAGAUUCUCUUCCAAGUUCAAAGACCUAUCAGAGACCAGCUUCCUUGUCUGUUUCAGGGCGAGAUUGAAUGACUUGUUUGAGGGAAAUGGUAUCUUUACUGUGUGCCUAUUUGGCGUGUUACUGACUGGCUUUCUGAAAGCAGCUCAGAGGACUUCAGGAUUGAACCCCUGCUGUGAGUGUGUGUGUGUGUGUGUGUGUGUGUGUGUGUGUGUGUGUGUGUGUGUGUGUGUGUGUGUGUGUGUGUGUGUGUGUGUGUGUGUGUGUGUGUGUGUGUGUGUGUGUGUGUGUGUGUGUGUGUGUGUGUGUGUGUGUGUGUGCGAGUGUGUGUGUGCGUAUGACUUACGGUGGAAGAAGGCACUGAGUAAUGAUAACACAUGAAACCUUAAGACCUGAAUGUGAGUGGUUGGAAAGCUUUUCUGUUGUAUUGAAAUCCCUUUCACAAUCCUGAUGACAAUGAAAGACAGUUUGAAGUUCGGCUUCAUGUACAUGAUGGUACAGAAAUGAUAUGAAAAAGUGAUGGACAUGCUUUAAAGAGGUUGUUGUUUUUAAGUGUAUGAUGAAAUGGAUUUUCCUCUUUCAGCUUGAAUUCUAUUUUUAUUUUUUUGUAUGUUUGAAAACUACAAACCUUCUGUUUGGAACAGGACAUGGUAAAUGCUUGAGUACGUUGUUUUUCCUCUCCUACUGUGGCUGCUUUUGUUUUUUAGUGAAAGGAUACAUUUGAAGAAAUGGACACAUCCUCCUCUUGGUCCAAAUUAAGCUCCUCCCUCAGCCCCUAAGAAAAGUCGUUUUUAACCUUCAUCAUUCCCGUCACAACUCAACAUUUCCCAUUUGUACCAACGCAUUUGACAAAUCACCUCGAUUAUCUCACAGGUUUUUGGUUUUGUUUUUCGCUCUUUUUCUAGCCUGCAGUUAUCUGCGUUACUCGAAUGAUUGUAUGAUUGCUAUCCCUGCACAGCUGUGAAACCAAGGUGACCCAGGAGUUCUGAAUGCCGCUGCUUUGUCUCUGACAACUAAUGAAUUAUGCGCUUCAUUGACUGUAUUAAUUGGCAUUUGCCUUGUUGUCACAGAGUCAGCGGGUCAUUAGUGCCACCCUAACCACCCAGUACUAAGUAACAGCCUCGAUUGAAUCUCACACACACACAACCUCCUGAAAUGACCACUGAUCAAACUCAUGGCGAAAUUCUCUUCUUUGGGUGUGUCUUUAUGAAAUAUGUACUGGUGUAGUUCUGUUCAAAAAUAAUUCUACUGUAUGUUUUUUUUUUUUUUUUUUUUUUUAGAAAAUGUUUUGAUCUCUAGAGAGAGACUUUUAGUGAAAUUUCUACGGAGAUAAAAAAUAUACUCUAAGUAUAUGUUGCGUAUAUCUGCAGUGUGCACACAUACACACACUGUCAAAGGAAUCCGACCUGCGCUGCGCGUAGGUUUUUGAUUUGCCGAUGACUUUGCCUCAUAGAGACUGAAGAUGAAAGUGGCUUUCUGGUUCAUGUGAAGUAGAGAUUGGGAAGUAUGAAUAAAAAAUAUAUAUGAUAAACAAA